CGGGAGGGACAUGUGACCAACGGUCGCGGGAAGUCCUUUGCCACGCGCGUGAUAGGAAGAGGACAACUCUUGACUCAUUCAAAGUUUUUUGUAAACAUUGCUUUGCUUUUAUUGCGGAAAGACGUGUUUCUGCGUCGGUGAGCCAACUACACGGUAGUGAAGGAUAUCGAUACUCGACCGGACCCGGUAGUUCGAGUAUUUGUUUUUACUUUAAGACCAACUUCGGCUGCUCUCACGGUGAAUACGAGCUAACUAACGUUAGUCCGUGGCCAUUUCUCAGCGUUGGAUGGGCGUGUAGCAGUUAGCAAACAACUUUUUUUUUGGGAUGUUAACGGAGCUUUAAGAUUUACUUUGUUGUUUUUGGACGUUUUUUUUAAUCGAUACCUUUAUUUUAAGGUAGUUAGAAGUUGACUAGCCGUGUGCUUUUUUUGGCUAGUAACACCACUGCAACCGUAGUGGGGGGACCAACCGCGUGAUUUUUCCCGUCGACGAAGCCGGGGUUUAAAUCCUGAAAAUGUCGAGCUACAGCCGCCAUCGACACGGAUCCCCUUCCCCGAAAUCUCGACCAAUUCGUCAAAAAUUACAGUUCACGUCCAGCGACGGAGAGGACGACCCCAUCGAGGACGUUAACAACAGCACCGGAGGAGAGUCCGGCUUCACGGAGAUGGACUCCCCGAUGCCAGUGAGACGGGACACCGUCGACAAGCGGCUGGAAGGCAGCAGCAGCCCACUCAACCAGUCCGGUGGGGACGACGACGUGGAGCUGUGGGACGAAGAUAGUUUUGGUUCACCGUCUCACUUGCGGUCGCCGAGCAGUGUUAUCUUUGCCAACUGCUCGCCGUCUCCGAGGAAAGCUUCUCGGCUGUACGGAGGCUCACCGGAGCGGCCAUACGUCCAGGACGACGGAGAAGGAUCCAGCUCUCCGAUACCGGACUGCCCCGACACACCUCCACAUAAAACCUUCAGAAAACUCAGACUGUUCGACACACCGCACACACCAAAGAGUUUGUUGUCCAGAGCCAGGGGAUCCGGGCCGGGAUCCUCCAGCAGGAGAGUUGCCCUGUUCAAGAAUGUGGAGCCUUCAGGAAAGUCAAUCACAGACAGCAGCAGGAGACAGCAGACCCCUCUGGUCAACUUUAACCCUUUCACCCCUGACUCCCUCCUCAUCCAGACGGCCACACAGCAGAGGAACAACAGGAAACGGCCACAUUGGAAUGACUCUUGUGGAGAAGACAUGGAGGCAAGUGAUGGUGAGGGAGAGGAGGAAAUCCUGCCACCACCCAAGAGGAUCACCAUGAUGGAGAACAACAUGAUGUCCAGGUACACCUCAGAGUUCCUCGAGCUGGAGAAGAUUGGCUGUGGGGAGUUUGGUGCCGUGUUCAAGUGUGUGAAGAGACUCGAUGGCUGCAUCUAUGCCAUCAAGAGAUCAAAGAAGCCUCUGGCAGGAUCAGUGGACGAACAGAACGCUUUACGGGAGGUGUAUGCCCACGCUGUUCUGGGCCAACAUCCCCACGUGGUGCGUUACUACUCUGCCUGGGCCGAGGACGACCACAUGCUCAUCCAGAACGAAUACUGCAAUGGCGGCACGCUAUCCGAUGUCAUCGCAGAGAACUACAGACGGCUCAGUUACCUGUCAGAGCUGGAGCUGAAAGAUCUGUUGCUGCAACUAACACGAGGACUCAAGUACAUUCACUCUACUUCUCUGGUGCACAUGGACAUCAAGCCCAGCAACAUCUUUAUUUCACGGAAGUCUGUAGCGAGCUGUGAUGAAUGUGACGAGGAUGAAGGAGUGACCACCAGUGUUGUCUAUAAAAUCGGUGACCUCGGCCAUGUGACGAGAGUGAACAACCCACAAGUGGAGGAGGGUGACAGCAGAUACCUGGCCAAUGAAGUUUUACAAGAGGACUACAGUAACUUGACAAAGGCCGACAUCUUUGCUCUGGCCCUGACUGUCAUCAGCGCCUCAGGGGUGGAGCCCCUUCCCACCAAUGGAGACAAGUGGCACGAGAUCAGACAGGGCAAACUCCCUGCCAUCCCCCAAGUGCUUUCUCCAGAGUUUCUCAGUCUUCUCAAGCUGAUGAUCCACCCUGAUCAGAGUAGACGACCAUCAACUUCUGACCUCAUCAAACACCCGGUACUCCUCACUGCUGCCAGAAUGAGUGCAGACCAGCUGAGAGUCGAGCUCAACGCAGAGAAGUUCAAGAACGCACUGCUCCAGAAGGAGCUGAAGAAGGCCCAGCUGGCUAGAGCUGCAGCAGAGGAGAAGGUUUUGUCCACCGACAGGAUCCUGACCCGCUCUACAGUCCAGUCGAACCCCAGAACCUCCAGACUCAUCGGCAAGAAGAUGAAUCGAUCGGUCAGCCUGACCAUCUACUGAGACUUUAAUCCACCCUGACAGGAAUUGAAACAUGGAGGCUCAUGGACCUUUUUUUUUUUUUUUUUUUUUUUUUUUUUUUAUCCAAACCGUUCAGACAAAACUGUCUCUUGUUUUCUGUACCUGUCAGUCGUGGUGUUGGGCCUGUCUGCCCAGAAAGCUGUAGACUGUUACCAUCUUGAACUGGAACUCAUUUCGAUAGACUCUCAUUGCCAACAUAGUUCAGCCCUUUUUUUCCGAUGGACAUUUCUCUUUGGAAAAAACUGUCAUUCCUCAAAGGUAGUUACUGUACCUUUUUACACUCUGUCAUUCCUUAAGUUUGCAUAGAUGUCAGGCUCUCUCUCUGUUUCUGUCCUUGCACUUCCCUUGACAAAGCCGAAGCCUGUUGGCAGCGGAUCAAAGCCGCAGUGAAGCCCUCUUCAGUGUGAAUGUACUUGCCGUAGCCGAGCGCACCUUACUGCCUGUCAAAUGCCUGAUGCUGGGUACCAGAGGGUCUGAGAACUGACAAUUUCUGUGUCUGUAAUGGAGCACUUUGGAGGCAACACGUGGAACUUGCCACAUUUUGGUUUUUUAAGUAAAAAAGAAAAAAAACCUGCUGCUAUUGAUGUUUUGUGUGUAUCAGGGUUUGGCCAGUUUCAGGUUGGAUCGUUCUAGAGAUCAUUAUCUCUUAUUUUCAGGGAGCAGAAGUCCGUUUUCCCCGAUAUAAUGGUUCAUUGUUUUGGUUGGAUGGAAAUGGAUUAUGCCAUGAUCAUUUGAGGAAAAUCAUCCAGUUGGUCUGAAGUACAGAAAACCAAUGCGUUAACUCAUUAUCUGUUAGAAAUGAUCCAUAGUGUUUUAAUUUCACCUGUUGAUUGGUGCUGCCAACCCUGCCUGUAGCAUUAGAACAAUCAUUGUCCUGUUCUUGGAUUCUCAUGUUUUCUUUUCUCACAAAGUUCAAAAUAGAUUACUGUUUAGAAGUAUCCCUCCAUCUUUUUGUUCUUGUAACUUCUAACACAAAACCCCCUUUCUGUUGUAAUCUGUACAUAUGUUCUUUUAAUAAAUUCUCACCAUUUA